AAGUUUUUCUAUCUAAGGAAACCCAGCAGAUUGCAUCCAGUCAGUGACUUGCAGCAUUCACUCCUCCUGGAUGAGCAUGUAGAGACAGUGGACAGUCACUGGUGUUGACUUUGCAGCAAUCCCUCAACCUUCAACAGUACUGAAUGUUUGACCGAAUAAUGCCCCUUUUCCUUUAGACCCUGGAGCGGUACCAGCUAGAGGACAUGAGAGGGUAAGCUAAUGCUACCUAAUGCUAGCUUGCUGUAGUGAUCAUAUACACAAUAAACCCAACGUGCAACGAUUUAACAGUUGAAGAUAUUAAAAUAUGCUGUGAAUAGUGACUCCGCCCCCUAACCAAUCGGUGACCAACAGUCUCCUGAGGUCAGGUUUUCAGCAUGAUUGAAAGCGCUGAAGGUGGCCGGACUCUGGAUUGGAGAUAGGAUGAGGAGCUCCUUCAUCUAGGGAAACUAAGAGUAGACCCUCUGCAGUCAGCUGAGGUGGUUCACCUGAUCAGGACUCUCCUUUUGGAGGAUUUCCACAGGUCCCACUGGGAGGAGUCUGUGAGACAAGCCUAGCAACCUACAGGUUUUCCUGUACCUUACUGGUCUGGGAACACUUUGGGAUCUUCCAGGAGAAGCUGUAGCUGGGAGAGGGAUGUAUGUAUUCAGUUCCUCUACCUGGAACCCUGGGAGCUUAUGAGGGCGGAUGGAUAAAUGGCGAGACACUUCCAACAUCAGAAAGUAUUCCAGUUAUUUUUUAUUCCCAUUCCCAAACACUAAUGGGUAUCAUUGUUAGACUGUAAAUUCAUCUAAAUAUUAAAACUGCAUUCUCAGAUUUUCUGAAGUUGUUUUUGUUUGAUUUGAACUGGACACUUGAAAUAAAACAAACCAAAAGGGUUCAGCGUAAUAUUCAAAGGAAUAAAAAUCACUGAAAAUAAAUGAAUAAACAAAGCAAUAUUAAGUAAAAAGGUAUUACUACAUUUGAAAAUGAUAAUGGGAAAAUUCACCAAAUUGAUUUUUCCUUCAACAACAGAACCUUCAGUAGCAAGAAAUAAAACUAGGCAGCAAUCUUCCAUCAUCUGGGGCGUAAGUAUUGGUGCUUGUCUCCAGAGGUCAUCGGGUCGAGUCCAUCCUGGACAGGCCUCCGUCACAGGACAAUUACAGAGACCGGUUCACCUAGCAGGCAUGUUUUUGGACCAUGGGCGGAACCCGGAGUACUUAGACAGAAACACGUCCACGAGGAGAACAUGUAGAGAGCCCGGGAUUCGAACCCAGAACCUUGCAGCCCUCACGUUAUAUAGAACCUGAGCAUGUUUUCUUAAUACCACAGGGGGGCGCUCUGCGGCGCAGUGGGGAGGAUUGCAUGUCGGAAGAGGAGACGGUAUCGUCAGCCUCACAGCGAGUCGGACCGGGACUCGAACCUGACCCUGGAACCGUUUCUCUAGUGACAGAGAUGGGUCACAGAGACCUGAUGAGCCAGGCGGAGGACCUGGCGGACAAGUUGAGCUCCUAACACCGGGAACCUGUCGGUCAGGAAGUUCGGAACUGGGAUCCAGAGCUGAGCUCCGUUCAGCUGCUGGUUCCGGAGCGUGUUGAAGGUUUAAAAUCUGUUCAUUUCCAGAGACCGCAGCCUGAGAGGUGAAGAAGAAGAAAAAUCAGUAAAUGAAUAAAAACCAGAACCUACUGUGAUGAGUUUGUUUGGGCCAACAGCAAGACGGGUUCGCGGUGGUAUCUUCCAGACGGUGAUCAGCUGCUGAAGGUCCUGCUGCAGAGCAAGUUCUUGUUAAACUCAAUAAACUUUGAAUGGAAUCUGGUAGCGAAACUAAAGGAAGCGGGUCUUAAAGUUUUAUUUUAAAAUGCUUUAAAUUACAAAAAAAAAAAACACGGUUCCGAAGGUAUAAAGAGUUAUUACUGUAACUCAAGUUGUAGUUAAUCUGUCACCUGUUGCGUCAGGUAAAUGUGACGUCAUAAACUGUCUCUCCUCCCCCAACAAGCACCACCUCCCCCCACGCAGCCCACCUCUGCUUGGUCAGUACCUUCCUGGAGGACUCGGUCCGGUUGUGGUUCCAGUGGAUGGAUCAGAGCGAGUACAUCAACUCCACCUGGAGCUGCCGAGGUCUGCUGGCCAACGUGUUGGUUCUGAUCCAGCUGCGUGAAGCUGACACCCCACCCACUUGAAACAUUUCAGUAAAUAGACAGAAUGGUUUGUGCUGGUUUGGUUUCUGAAAUAUUAAAGAUGAUUUUUUAGGUCAUCCAGAGGUCACCAUUUUACUCCUAAUUGAACCGGAGUGGUCUCAUUAUUUAGUGCUUCGUUUGGACUGUUUUCUUCUUCUUUUUUGAUUUCGUUUAUUGAUGGUUGGCAAGGUAAUUGGAUCAUUACCGUCACCGACUGGUAUGGUGAUAGCAUAUCUUCACCUAAAUAGGAGACAAUAAAUGUGACCUGCUGCAGGCUGUCAUUACUGUUGUGGUUCAGUGUCACCAAUUCAGUCAGUGUGAAGUUGUUGGAUGUUGACAACGCAGAAAAGGACAUACGAUGGGUCUGCUGCUUCCCCUGGCUUGUUUGUCGCUACAGCAGACAUGGAGGAUAACCCUGGGUGUGCCGCUGCUGCCUCGGCUGUCCAUACUAUAUCUGCCGCUCCUCCAGAAAAAUGUUUACCGCCUUCUGGCCCGACUGUAUAAUCCUCCAUUGCUCCAGAGCUCCCAGCUUCCACAUCUUCUUCUUCUACAAGCCAGGCAGAGGUUCACUGCUCCAGCGACUGUUGCAGGGAUCUGACAAAGUCUCACCAACCAGACGACCCAGCAAUUCUCUCUGGGACAAGACGGGUACAAGGUGUAACACAGAACAGCCGAUGGUGGCCUACAGCAUGCUCUCGAACCUGAAGUUCCUCUACAGCAGACCCCACCUCUCCACCCUGUCACAUGACCCCACAGAUAGCAUCAGGUGUGUAGCCCCUCCCCCUGUCUGCAGGAAUCUGGCGCUGGGCAGCGGCCUGCUCCUCCUCCUCGCUGAAUGCAGACAGGAAGCUCGCGGCGUGUUUGCAGGCUUCCCGUCUGUCGUACAGUGGCGCUCCCCCAAACAUCUGCUGCGCUUGGGAGGAAGAGUGCUCCUCAUCCUCAUGUCCAUGACGCUGCUGCACCUCGAGUUGGGCGUGCUCAGUGUUCUGCAAGACCUGGUGGACAUGGGGCUCAUGCUGAUGGUGGCGGUGGGUUUUAAGACGAAGCUGGCAGCUCUGACGCUGGUCAUCUGUCUGCUCUUCAUCAACGUCCCCUUCAGCGCCAUCCACGACUUCCUGAAGUAUGACUUCUUCCAGACCACCUCGGGGAUCGGGGGCCUGCUGCUGGUGGCCCUGGGGCCCGGAGGGGUCUCCGUGGACGAAGAGAAGAAAGAGUGGUGAGGAGGAGGAAUCUGUGUAGGCUUCUGUUUCUGCUUUCACUUAAUCUGACUUCAUGUCUUUGAUUUAUUCUCCUUCAGAUUACAACAGGAACAGAUUUAGAUUCUGCCAGGUUCUGAUCCAUAUACUGACUCAGAAUCAGUUUUCAGAUGUUUCACUGAGAUCAGAGCUGUAGGACUCAAACAGAAACCCAUUUCAGUUCCUCUGUCUCUGCUUCUGCUGAGGCUUCAUCCUGAAAUAAUGACUUGGACACCAUGAGGCACCUGAGGAUGUUUCUGCAGAUGAAACCAACCAUUAAUGGUUCUACCCAAACUGGUCCCAGUUCUGAGCUGUAAACCAUUCAGUGAUAGAGAUUUUGGAGUGAUGCUGACUGUGUGUGUUCACAUGAUUUGGAUCAGAUUUAUCUCCUCGGUGGAGCAUCAUCUGAUCCAGUGGAGAACCUGCACCUCUGAUUCAGCUCCUCAGACAAACUGCAGGUUUAAACAGAAGAUCACGCAAUUGAUCAAAUUUUCUCGAGGAGAAGACAGGGUGAAGGAGAGCCCAACUUGUCCAGACGGGACAUUUUUCUCUGGAUCCACGAUGGACUCCUGGCAGAAGUGGAGGAUUGUGUGU